CUUCAUGUACAAUCUUUGCAUGCAGAUGAAAGAUGCCCGACAACAGUAUCUUGCAUGGAUGUAUUGCAAAAGCCAGAGUUAAGUAGGAUGAAACUCUGCAUUAUUUUGCUGGCUGUUGCAGUCAGUGCGGAAGAAAUCCAAAAACAGAACAGUUGCAUUGAAGGGUUUCCAGGAAUGCCUGGAAGCCCUGGACACAAUGGUUUGCCUGGACGGGAUGGCCGAGAUGGAACAAAAGGAGAAAAGGGAGACCCAGGUGAGGCAGGACACCCAGGAAAACCAGGCAAAGAUGGUAUAAAUGGAGAAAGGGGAGAACCAGGAGCUGAUGGCCGAGUUGAAGAGAAGGGGAACAAAGGAGACAAAGGGGAAAGAGGCUGGCCUGGGAAAUUUGGACCCAAAGGGAUUCCUGGACCUGUGGGUGAUAAAGGUCAAAAGGGUGAGCUAGGGCUACAAGGACGGAAGGGGAUAAAAGGUGAUGUUGGCCCCAUUGGCCCUGAAGGACUUAAAGGAGAAAUUGGAGCCCAAGGAGAAAUAGGUCUGCAGGGUCCUAUUGGAUCCAUGGGCCAUACUGGUCCUAAAGGAGAAGUUGGAGGCCCAGGACCAAAAGGCAAUAAAGGAAUCCAAGGUGAAAAGGGCUGGAAAGGGGACAGAGGAGAGAAAGGGGACCUUGGUGGAAUCCCAGUGAUCCCAAGAAGUGCCUUCAGUGUCGGUCUCACUGUUGCCACCAAGCUCCCCCCUUGCAAUAUUCCCAUUAGAUUUGACAAAGUGAUGUAUAAUGGCUUGAAUCAUUAUAACACAGCCACUGGGAAAUUCACCUGUGUGGUCGCCGGUGUCUAUUAUUUCACCUACCACAUCACAGUUUAUUCAAGGAAUGUUAGAGUUGCUCUGAUUAAAAAUGGGAUCAAGGUGCUCCACACAGUAGACAGAUACCAGGGGGCUGAAGACCAGGCCUCAGGAGGAACCAUCUUGGAGCUCCAGCCAGGUGAUCAGGUGUGGUUGCAGGCCCAUGGAGGCGAGACUUACAAUGGGUUGUAUGCAGACCCAGAUGAUGACACAACCUUCAGUGGCUUCCUUUUGUUUAGUACUGCUUCUACGGAGAUGCCAGAACCUAUUCCACUCAUAAGAACAUGAGGUUAUGCAACAACGUAAUGUCAAUUUCAUAUGCACUUUCCUGUUGUUUAAUUGUCAUUAGUGGGAACAUCAAGAUUAGUAUGGAAACAAACUCCACAACAACAUAUUCACAAAUCUCUGCCAAUCACAGAUGGUGUGCUGCUAAACAAUUCCUGUUUGUGUUAUUCCCAGCAUUUGCUUUACUAUUUUUCAUGCAUAAAAUUGAAACAGAAACCAGCUAGCCCAUCAUUUUUUAUGCAAACUUCUGUUUGUAGUAUCUCAUGUAAUCCUUUGUAAGCAUUGUCUAACACAAGGACGAGGAUUUUUUCUCACCCUGGGAUACUUGGAAUAAAAAGAAAGAAACGAGCAGACUAAUUGAGCACACCUAGGCCAAUACCAACUUCUGGGGGUGAUGGUGGAAUUCUCUUGAAGUUAUGACUGAUCUCCAGACUACAGAGAAAAGUUUCCCUGGAGGAAAUGGCAGCUUGGACAGUGCCUCCAUGGCCACAGAGCUCCCUCCCCUCUCCAUACUCUGCCCUCCCCAGGCACCACUCCAAUGUCCAGGAAUUUCUCAAGCUAGAAUUGACAGCUUUAAGAACAGCCUUUGAAUCUGGGCAUGGAUUCAAGCACAAAAUCUACUUUUGUAUAUCCAAGAGCAAUUAUGAUUGCAAAAGUUUGUUUUCUUUUUGCUAGAGGUCACAACAGGACCUAGGUUCAUCCUAUCUUCCCCCUUUGAUUUGAAUCUAAAAGCUGGUGAGGUUAUCUUAUUGUUAGGUUGUCCAUUCUGGACAGGAAAAACAGUAGUGGCCAUGGAGAUCUUUCUAUAGGCCUCACACAAAGGGUGGAAAGUUAAGAAUGGCUUGAGAAGCUAGUGGUGAUUUUCAAAUCAGUCAUUAAUUAUUCAUCUUGACAGCAGCAUUUGGCCAAGGCCUAACACACUUAUAACAUCAACAACAUUCGAUUUAUAUACUGCCCUUCAGGACAACUUAAUGCCACACUCUGAGCUGUUUACAAAUUGUGUUACUAUUAUUCUCACGACAAUCACUCUGUGAGGUGGGUGGAGCUGAGAGAGCUUUAAGAGAGCUGUGACUGACCCAAGGUCACCCAACUGGCUUCAAGCAGAAGAGUGGGGAAAUCAAAUCUGGUUCUCCAGAUUAAAGUCCUGCUGCUCUUAACCACUACACCAAACUGGCAAACUUGUUGGAACAUGGUGCCUGCGUCUCUUAAAGUCUGAUCUUAAACAUCUUUACUUGUAAGCAUUGAGUUCAAUAGACUUACUUUGUAAUAAGGGUGCUUAGAUUUAUAUCCCUAGUCUACAUUAUUAUUGCCAGGAAGCAUAAUGGUAAAUUCUUUGUACUAUUAAUUCUCUUGCGGUAGUAGAAGAUGUUGCUGCAGCUUUGCUGCCUCAUCUGGUUACUUGUUAGGUUCUGUUGCUCAUGCCCUCCCCUGCCUGCUGUGGAAUAAGAUACAAAACUCACUUGAUUUAGCAGGUGUGGGAUAAGCGUGGAUGACAGAGCCCAGCCAUUAGUUAGUAGGAAAAAGAAGAAAGGUAAAGAUAGCUUUCCGUAUUGCCAAUUGGCAAUAGCAGUCCUGGGUGUAGAAAAUGAGACUCAAGUUCUGUGCAGAAAGUUAAUUGCAAGAACUCUUGGUUAUAUGGCAAUUAUAGGUACACAGUAAACAUAUCCUGAUGACUGGGAUUGUGAGGACCACUCUCUGAGUGCUUCUAUAUCUUUAAGAGUUGACAAGGAAACAUUUUAUUAUUAAUAGACUGCUGUAAUGAUAGCAGAAACAGCACUGGAUGGAAUUUUGCCUACAGUAUAUCUUUUAAUGGUGCAGCUCUCAGAGGCUAUCACAGUUGUGUAUUCAGGUAUCUCCAUGCUCAGUUCCUGAGAAAUCAAGCAUACAAAGGCUUUCAGGGGUCCAUGUCAAUAUAAAAUUAAUUGGGAUUUUUGUUGCUCCUUCCAACAUCUGGGAUGAAAUCAUCAUCCAGAUUUUAUGAAUUUGGCACAGUAAAACAGAACAGGAUUUAAAAUAAAAGGCCAUGUGGUUUCAUUCAUGUUGGAAAAUGUUAACAGGUGCAAAACCAAGUAUAGAUUAACUGUACGCUGGAAGGAAGAAACAGGUGCAAAACAAAACUUUCAGUUGAAAUAUUAUCUUCCAACUCAUACAGUGAAGGCUGUUCAUUUUAUUUUUAAUGUGACAUUUUUAAUAUUUAUGAUUCUACGAGACUUAAACUAUGGGGGAAAAGUGUUCAUUAAUAAAUUAUUUUUCCAGUUGUUUUCUGAUUGACAUACAAUAAAACAGCAUUCAAAUAUUGGUAAGGGAGGGAGCAAAGGAAGCAUCGCAUAUUAUGAUGCAUUCUCAUUCAUUUUCUAAUUUGCAUUAAUGGUAUUAUGUAAAAAAAUCAACAUGGUCUAAUGUUCUAAUGCAACAUGCUAAUGUUCUAAGAUACUGAAAAUCUGCUGCAGAAGAUUAAAACUGAUGAGUGAGCUUCUCUAAUGGAGACACGGGAGAGGCAGGUAAAGGCAAAGCAAGAUUAAUUUAUUUAGUAGACUGAUGCACCUCGAUAGCACAAUCGUAUUGUGCUUAAGAGUGCACCAGCUACUGGAACAUGAAAACAGCUCAAGUUUGUUUUUUUCUAAAAUAGAUGCUUUUAUUAUUACAUUCAGCCUUUUCCUUCUGUACUUCAUUAUACGGUAUAAAACAUUUAAAUACUGAGAAGUAAAAUUUCCAUGGGAAAGUGCAUUGAAAACAACUAGCAAUUUAAAAGGAUUUUUGAAUAAGAUAAAAUUAUAGGUUUCUGGACCAAUGUAGAUUGGUGCCAGGUAUGUGUGCCAACUAUUGGGGUGCACUGAAUAUUUCAUAAUACACUCACACACCUCUAUUCAAGUUAAUAUAACUGUGCAUAGGGUGAUGAAAGAGUGUAAUGUUUUGCUCAGCAUUUCUCUUAACACCGGUAUGUGGGUCACUUAAUGAAAUGGAUUGAUAGCAGAAUUAUGAGACAAAAGAAUUUUUUUUUUCAUGCAAUAUGUAAUUGACUCAUGGAAUUCACUCCCACAGAAUGUGGUUAUGGCAUCUGACUUUAAAAGGGAAUUAGAACCAAUUAAUGGGGUAUUGCCAUGUUGAAGGAGAUAUGUUACUCUGAAUGACAGUUGCAAUAGGGCAGAUGGGGAGAAUAUUUCCUUCAUGUUUUUACUGUGGGCUUCCUGGCCACUGUAGUAAAGAGAGGGCAGAACCCCUCCCACCUUAGGCUGGAGAAAGUUAGGUGGCUCUUUCCUUGGAGAAAGGCUUUCAACUUUUGUUGGUAGAGUGGUAGGUUACAGGUCAGGGUAUUGAAACAGACAAAUCUUGUGUCUCAUAUUUCUUGAGACAGUAGAACAAAACACAUGCUGGGGAUUCAGUUUCUGAUGUUAAACAUCCGUAAAUGCAGUGCUUUUUUCCUUAAAAAAUGUUUAGGGGUACUCUCAGUUUGACUCAAGAAAAUCAGCAUUUUAUAGUUCAAAUCGGGAAAAAUAAAUGCAGUCAAUGGACAAAAUUACCAAGAACAUGCUCACUCUUCACGUGGUCAACAGAAGAUGGGGCCGUGUGUCCACUCUCCAAGUGGUCUACAGCAGAUGCUGUAUCACACAACACUGUUGUCGCAUCUUUUGUUUUUACAGAGUCAUUAUUCACUUUACACUUCUUUGCUGGCUGUGAUGAUGUAAAAUAGUAAUUUUACUACUCAUAUUGAAAUACUGCCACUCAAUGAGGUUAUAGGCCAAACUUUCAUCAGUAAAACACCAGACCACUUCACAGAUUAAACACUCGCUUCCAUUGGAGACUCAGGAAACACCAUGAAAGGAAAUGACAUCAGAAGACAGUUGGUGAUGAGAAUUAUGGGUAUUGCUAACCAAGCCCCUCUAAAGUGACAUGUGCGCACAAUCAAAGAGUUUCGGUACAGACAAACUCUUUGCACUCUUUGCGCAAAACGUACACAAAUUGGUCUCCGCCAUCGGGGGGUAGCAACAAGACGGACCAAUCACCGUACUAGAUUCCAACUACCAGAGCUCCAAGUGGCUUAGAGAAGACUUGUUUGUAUUUGUCUGCACCCUAACGAUCACCGAUUAUGCCAGCAAUCUCAGUGGCAUGUUCGAUGCUCAAAGACGUUCCAUUUUUUGUAAGACGAACAGCGCUCCUAGUGAGUUUAAAUAUAACUAAACAUCUUUGUUGCCAACACAUGCUACAUAAAACUUAACAAAUCACAUAAAUAUCCAUAAUACGUUUGGAGUUGGUUUAGCGGGAAUUCCAACAUUAAAUU